AUGGGGGGUCGAGACGGCAUCAUGGGCAAGUAUCGACCACACCAGGAUCUGGACACAGACCUGACGAAGUUUGGCUUCCUAGUCUACGCCGGAACCGUUCGUGACUUUCACGAGUGGGAGUUCCGAGCUAUGACGAGAUGGAAGCAGACCAAGGUUGAGGAUAGAUCCGACCUUGCGUCCAAGUUCCUCGACUCCUUAAGGAGCGAGGCAUACAUUGUCGCAGAGGAUUUGGGUACCGACGUUUUGUUCUCGAGUCAAAACAUCCCCAAGGUGAUCGAGGCAGUUAGAGAACGCCUGUUCCCUCUGGCGGAACAAGAGACGAAAGAACUUUAUCGGUUAGGGACCCAAGUCGGCGGCAUGUUGUCACGACAGCCGGGAGAGCCGAUGAUCUCCUACAUCGACCGCCGCAAGCGGUGGCUACGCAAGCUUCAGCAAUUAGACAAGGCCCUUCACAUAAGUGAAGCGGUGCUGACAGAUCUGUUGCUGGACAACAGUGGGCUCACCCGGCAAGAGCGACUCAUGGUGCUGACCUCGAUGGCAGGCAGCACAGCGACGAAGGAUGCUGAGACAUCGCUGAUUCGCAUGCAUAAUCGUAUCCACACGUUGGAACGAAAGCAGCCAUCCGCCAAAGGCGGAACUGGCAAAGGGAAAGGUUUCCACAGGAAGGGAGACCGAGGAAAAGGUAAAGGAUACGGAAAGAGAUCCCAGAAAGGGACUGCUUACACGUACCUUUCGGCCGUUGAAGACCGUUUCGAGUACCCUGACGCCGAGGAAGACGACGACGGAACAGCCUACCUGGCAGGCCAAGAGGACCAGGACGGCCAAGACGGUGAUGGGCAGGACUGGGCGUAUCACGGAGAAGAGCUCCCCGUGUACGACAAGGAAGAGGACACCGCGUGUGUUGCCCAGUCGGCCGACGCUUCCCUAAGGGACGUCGAGCUUGAUGUCUUCACCGCCUUUAUAGGCGCUGGGUUCGAUGAGGAAGACAAAGAGGCUUUGGCGUUUCUCGCAGACACCGUGCAGUGCGAGACCGUUGCCUGUAUGGCGCGGGCCAAGGCUAAGGGUAAAGGAAAGUCUGUGAUGCAGAGGAGUGCACAUGGAUAUCGGCCGCGAUCUACCGGUCUCACUGUUGAAGACAGGAGACGGAAGCUUCAUGAGAUUAAACUCAGGAGCACGUGCAAAACGUGUGGCAGAAAGGGCCACUGGGCUGGUGACAAGGAAUGCCCAGGCCCAGGGAAAGGUGCAGGAAAGCCCGCAGUGGCACACCUUGCCCAGGUCAGGCGUGUGAUGGAUAAAUCCACACAGACCUGCGACUUCAUCGCUAGCCCCAGCGAGAGCGACAGCGAGAGUCAAAGCUUUGACCCGGAGCCAACAGCGAACUACGUUAGCUUGGGUCAGGACUCUGAGACGGAGCCUGCGGCGUACAUGGGUUUCUUCGACAGGACUGACUUUGAAGAGUCCGACGAAGAGCUCCUGGACGACUUUGCGUCGCAAGGCGCUCCCUCCACGGAAUGGGAUACCAUAGAGUACCCUGACGGCAGCGACCAAGUGUUUCGGUUCGGGAUGCAUAGGGGUAGCACCUACCUUGAGGUUUUGCAGAACCACCCCGAUUACUACCAUUGGGGCCUCAAGGAGAAAGAGCCGAGCACCAUGCUAGAAGCAUGGCUUGUCUGGGUGUAUCGCAACUUUGAGGUUCCACCGGUUGGCGGUGGAAGGGCGACACUCAGGGCAGCCACGUUGCCGGUGGAGGCCGACUCGCUGCAGAAGGCUAGGAAGGAGGUGACCCUUGAGAAGGCACCUAAGAGCAAGCUCGGGUUGUUGAAGCCGGAUCCCAAAGGACCGUGCGUUGGAGGAUGUCCCGCACAUGCAUUGAACAAAGCAGGGAGCAAUGCGCACGUAAUCAAGACCACUUGCAUGUUGUGCGGUAACAGGACCUCAAACCCGAGACCAAAGGCUGUACCGAAGAAGGACCCACUCACGUGCGAGCACAAGCGCACGGACAACAGGAACAGCACGAGAUCGGUACACCGCACCUUUUGUCUUGAUUGUUGCACUAUAGUAGAGGAAAUCCCGCAGAAGCUCUUUAAGGAGCAGAAGGGACUCGCCGAGCAGGUGCAGCAGUCUCCACUCAAGGUGCAGAACCUCACGAGGAGACAGCUGGAGGAGUACAACUUUACGAAGUUUGAGGCAGGUGAGGUGGUAAAGAAGUUCUUCAAGCACAUGGACAAGUUUUUGUUGAAAGUUGACCAAGUCAGUUCAACCGAGUUGUCUAGUUGCCUUGAGGAUGCGAUGGACCAGGUUGUAGAGCAGACGAAGUUACGCAUGCAACAUGGUAGGGCUGCUGAUGUAGCUAGGUCUAGUCAGGACGUAGAGCCCCCACCUUUGCCUGCGUUUUCCCCAGUACGUAGAGAGCGUAGGAGUGCACAGCCUCGUGAGCAAGCUUCGCCCGCCGCCGCAGCAGCAGCUGGCCCGAGAGAGAGAGGAGCAGCUGUUAGGGACGCCAUGGCGGCGUCUCCUCCCAGCGGAAAGGGCUGGGGAAGCCGCGAAAAGUUCGCCGGCGUGGCGACGGCGGAGAAGAGUGGUGAUCCCGAAGGGGACACCAAGCUGACCCUCACAGCCUUGGUGGGGCAGCUUCAGCGAGAUGAUCUCGAAGGAGACAUCAGCCCGAAGAGCGUGCAGAGCUCAGACAGUGAGCCUGCACCCCUGGACGAGGAGAUUGCUGAGCCGCAACUCCAGCUCGUGGAUCCCUUAGAGGACCACGAAAACGUCUGGGUGAUGCUGGACGAGGGCUGCAACCAGACAUGCCACGGGACGAAAUGGAGGGCUCACUCCUCAAAGGUCCUGGCAAAGUUUGGGUUGCAGUUCACCAGCGUGCGCUCGAGCGGCACGAGCUUCAAGGGCAUUGGAGCGGCCCGAGCGACGGGCAAGUUCGCAAUGCCGUUCGCCCUCCGCAUCAUGCCGGAGAGCGGAGGCCUUCGCCGGAGCACCCGUCUGCAGGGAGAGCUCUCCAGCGUGGAGCUGGACUCUCCGGACGUGCUCUGCCUCCUGUCCUUGCAGGAUCAGGUUCAGCUUGGCCUGAUCAAGGACCUGAGGCGCGGCGAGUGCCGAAUCUCGGGCUACGCCGGGACACUGCAGUUGGCGAGGCACUCGAAGACCGGCCUCCUCCUCCUGUGCGUGAGCCAGUUUGGGGCGAACGUUACAGAGAGGCACAGAAAGUUUGCAGUGAAUCCGGAGGUGAUCCCUAAGAGGACAUCUAAGAAGGAGAAGAACACUUUCUCGAUCCCUUUGAGGGACGGGAUGGCACGCAAGAAAGAAACCUUGAUCCCUUCAGGGGACAAGGACAGCACGGCGUAUAUGCUGUCCGAGAUGGUGAAGGAGACAGAAGGGCAGCGGAAGAACGUUUUGGUGGUCACGUUGGGCUUGGAGAAGCUAGAGACCUGCCAACGUGGGCGCGGCACCUAUCGUGGACUCACGGAACUUAUCCGUGGUAUGCGAAAAGGGCAGUCGCACGAGUUCUCGCUGAACAACGAGGCCCACGAGGACACGCUUCUGGAAAGCCUGCGCCAGAACUUUGAGUCCUUCCGGGACUACGCCACGGAGCAGAUCCUUUUUCUGGACUGCCGGCACAUGAACGACCCGGGCAAGGACAAGUCCCUCAGGGACCACUUAGGCACGUACCCCAAGAACGUGCAAGCCAUGGUUUUGGACCCGAAGACGAGAACGGAAAAUGGGUCUGUCUCGAAUGCAAAGAUCAUGUACGAUCUCAUAAAGAAGACGUACGAAGUGGAGGCGAGUCUACUUCACCUUUGCGACGGCUACAACUGGCGAUAUCUAUGCGGUGGUUGCGCGGAGUGCAACUGGGAGUCCAAGGAGGCUCAAAGCACCGCAGAGAAGGUGAUGGACUUCGCAAGAGAGCGUUGGUUCGAGUUCGUGCCCAAGGUGUGGGUGCGAAAGAACGACCAGCGCCGCCUAGGCGACGACGGCGUCGUGGUGGAAGAGCCGAUCCCUUCGGGGACAGCUCAGGCAGGAGGCGCGGGAUCAAGCACUGACCCGCCUGCCGAGCAGGAGGCCGCCCAGGACGAGCAGCAGGACGAGCAGCUCGGCGACACCACUGGGGCAGCUGAGGCCAGUGCCAGCUCGAAGGCACCGGCGCAGCCCUGCACGGUGGACACCCCUGGGGGAGUGUCGGUGCCGGUCCACGACCUGCGGCCCGAGCUGGAAGGACUAGAUGACAAGGCCCUUGAGAAGGUAAGUUUUCUUUUUCUUUCUAGGGUUUAUAGUGUCUUCAACCCAGCGAAGCUUACUGAAGUCACUACGCUCGUGGCCAAGUACGCGGCGGACCACACCUCGCUCACCUGUGCCGUUGCUGCAAAGUACUUGGAGUACGAGGCGGCGAGGGCACUCCUGUUGUCGCUGGUGGCAGACGUCCGAUCCGGAAAGCGGACGGAGAAAGAGUGGGACACAGAGCUGGAGCUGGCUAACCGGAGCCUGGACCAGGCGAUCCUUCAGCUGGACGAGGACAAGGCCGCGGCAACAACGGGCACAACCACAGCUGGAAGGACGACCGCUCAGGCGGCGGACCCACCGCAAAGAGAGAGGACCCGAUCGGCACAGGCCGACGGGCGAGGAGAGAAAGGAAAAGGUGAGAAGGGUAAGGGAAAAGGCCGAGGAGAAAAGGGACGCUGGCCGAACAACAACCCUCGAGGCCCAAGGACUCAUACCGAGUCCAACCCUGCCUCGACUUCUCACGCAGAGACGCGCCACGACCUGGCAAGUCUGGGGGAAAACCCCAACAACCCGGGGGGUCUCUCGCCGGGUUACUUGAGCCAAGUGAUCUCAGGACACAAGAGGCACGGUGAAGUUGCCUUCAAAACUUGGUUACAGCCAGGCGUGGGGCACGAAGGCGCACCGGUUCGUGUGUCCUAUAGGGCACACGCUGCAAACUCCUGGGAUAAAAUCCCAACGGAACUGCAGCGCUACCGCAAGCACGUGGCGAUCCAAUGGACGUCCGAUGGGCCCUGGGAGUGGCGCGAAGUGAACGUGGCAGCCCACCAAUGGGUCUACUUCGGCGACCGUUGGGACCAACACCCGCGCCACAUGCUGGUGUUCUUGGUUCCGCCGCGCGGUGGCAGUGCCUUCUACGUUGGAGGCAUGCUUCCGGAUCUCAUGGCUUCCGACCUGAAAGUGAUGAAGAAGGAGACCGGAAAGAUGUUUGAGGAUUCUUGCAAGAACCUCAACACGCACGACGACCUGCUGAUGCAGGCCUUGGGGCUCCCGUCGGUGGCGAUCACGGGCGAGCCGCCCACGAUCUACGCCCUGGCGAACUCGGAGUUCCAGCCCGGAUCCCUUGAGAGGACCGGCGCCAAGGUGAUCGUGCGACACCCUGGCUACCGUAUGAUCCUUCUGGAGGACAUCGGUUGGCAGAAGCAAAUCUCUAAAGAGAUUGCUAAGAUCCGUCCCGACCUUCUGCUGUUGGUGUACAGUUUGGAAGACCAGGUAGGUCUCACCCCGCAGGUACAGACCUGGCUCCAGUCCCUCUCCGCGUACACAAAAGAAGUGCUUGUUCUUGACAGUCUAGGCAGUGUUAGGUGGAACCUGUGGUUUGAGAACAGUGUCGAGGGUACUGAGAGAGAGUUUCAGCUGUUUCAGUGUAGGGGUGACCUGUGUGUAGGGACGUUUUCGCAGGCGAUAGGUGAAGUCAUGUCUAGUUGGGCGAACUGUGACCAUGAUAUACACUAUUCACCUGUGAGCAUCGACACAGUAGGCACGCAAGUUGGUUUUGCCGAAACCUUGUUGCUUGUGUUGCAAGAGGGCUGUGUAGAGGACCACGUUGCUGAAGCGUUUCCUGUUGAGGCAAGGCAGGAUGAGGUCGAGGAAUCUGGUACUCUAGAUGCUAUAGUGGAUCCCAGAGAUAAUAGGACCACUUUCAUGGAUGAUCUGGAACUCGCCGAGGAAGCAGACAUCUUAGACACGUUGCCUUUAGCAGGGUUUCCGAAAGAAGAGUCUGAGAGGAGAAAGGCAUGGUCUAAGGUACCACGGCGUGUUCGCUUGGGGAUCAGGAGGUUGCACACCAUGAUGAACCACAAGCCUAAGGAGGUGCUAGUGCAGGUACUCCGUGGGGCAGGUGCUUCUGAAGAGUUGGUGAAUGCAGCUAAGAUCUUCAAGUGUGAGUCUUGCAGGGUUAGCGAAGAGAAGGUUCGCACACACCCUGUGUCAGCUCCACCACCUUACGAGUUCAACCACACAGUUUCGGUGGACGUGCUGGAGACUGCAGACUCAACAGGCGCAAAGUUUAGCUGGCUGAACAUUAUAGAUGUCGGCACAAGCUAUCAAGUUGUGACCUUAGUCCGCGUUGGUGGCGGACAGCCGAGCUCAGCCAAGUGCCUGCAGAAGUUCAUGCAGCACUGGGUUUCCCCUUUUGGGUGGCCAAAAGUGGUUUCCCACGACCGUGGCCUACACAACCGGGGCGCUUUCGCUCACGGCUUGGGUAGCCAUGGAGUCCAGAUCCGCCAAGCCGGACUGGAAUCGCCAGAGCACAUAGGGAAGUGCGAAAGGCAUGGAGGCAUCAUAAAGCGAGCCUUUAAGCGUUUGGUCAAGGACCACAACGUUGUGGGCAAAGAUGAUGUCAAGGUGGCGAUGCUCGAGGCACAGGUCGCAAAGAACGAGUUCAUGCGUGUUGGAGGCUUCAGCCCCACCCAGUGGGUGCUUGGACGCCUGCCCAGAGGAGUGGGCCACGUUUUGGACGAGGAAGAGCUAGGACAGCUUGGAGUCUUGUCGGGCAGGUUAGAUGCCACGACUGCGUUCGGCCGUCAGGCCGAAUUCCGCCAUACUGCAAGAAAGGCGUUCGUCCAUGAGGAUUGCAGUCGCAGGGUGCGAAAGACCGUGUUGCGCAAGGCGGCUCCCCUGCCGGGGAAAUAUCAAGCUGGCGACCUAGUUUGCUAUAGGAUCGCGCGAGAUGAGCAUUCAGGCGUGAGUACGUGGUCAACUGUUAGUAAAAUAAUUGGCUUCGAUAACAAAACGGUCUGGGUGGUGCAUCAGGGCGUGCCUGUGGCGACCAGCUUGGCGCGACUCAGACCGUGUACAUCGGCUGAGGUUUUGGCGUUCCAAGUGUUGAACCGUGGCAACAUACAGUACGAGCACGCGGAGGUUGAACGCGAGCAGCAAAGGUACAUUGAUGCCACCGGGGAUGAUCUAUUGCUAGACGACCCAGAAGAGCCACCGGACGGAGGAAUUGGGAUAGGUACUCCGAUCCAAAUGGAUGCCGAAGCAGAUCCUCCGGAGACUGCGGCCGCUGCUCCAGAAAGAGCUGUUCGAAGGAGAGUUGGAGCAACACGUGAAGAGUCACGGGCCGUGACUGUGGAGGAGCCGGAGAACGAACAGGUGGACCCUCCAGGAGGGAUCCAAGAGCCGAUGGCUGAGGACACGGCGGUCGACGCCGAUGGCGAGGCAGAGGCCACGGAAGGUAGCUCAGCGCUCCUUUUGAGGGCUUACGCUAGCCACUUCUGGACGAAAGAGGAAAGAACCGUUUGGAACUCACUCCCCGGGGAGAAGGAGUACGAGGCCUUACGGGUUUUCUUCGCAGACCGCGUCGAGGACGACAAGAAGGUGACGCAGUGGCGCAAGCGCCGCAAGAACUUUACGUCCAAGAAGCAGAAGGAGAAGCACGGGAAGAUCCUAAUGUACCACAAAUGCCCUGAGGAUGUCCAGAAGGAGUUGGACAAGAGUAGAGCAAAGGAGUGGGCAAAGUGGCAGGACUUCAGUGCUGCGAUCAUUCUUGAUGACGCUCAGUAUGAUGAGUUGAUCCGUGAAGGACAUCAAGUCAUACCUACCCAAUGGGUAGAGCUGGACAAGAACCACAACAAGAGGUUACUUGAUCCUACCGUGGAGGCCAACUACAAGAGUAGAUUGGUUGUUCGGGGUGAUCUUGAGAAGGGUGUCAAGAUUAAGUCCCUGGACGUGACCAACGCCUACUUUCAAGGCGAAGAGAUAGAUAGAGGUAAAGGACUUCGCGAGAACCGCAUCUACCGCGCGUUGUACAGUUACACCGACGCCGAUGGGGUUGUACAGUUGCUCUUGACGUCCCACGUAGACGAUCUAUUGUGGGCUUGUGAUCCGUCAUGCGAUUGGAUCAUGAACGAUCUCAUCGAGACGUUCAAAUGUGGAAAGGUUGAGACCGGGAGCUUCAGGUACUGCGGGAAGGAGAUAAGCCAAGACGAGGAUUUCAAUAUCCAUGUGACCUGCAGCGAGACAACGAGGAACGUGAACAAGAUUCACGUCGACAAGAGGAGGCACCCGGGAGAUCCCUUAACGGACUCUGACAAGACGCAGAUGAAGAGCGUCGCUGGGUCCCUUGCUUGGGUUUGCAGACAAUGCCGACCCGACUUAAGCUAUAGGGUAUCCAAGAUCCAGUCGGCUUCUAGCAAUGGUACCGUCGCUGACAUCAGAGAUGCCAACAAAGCGGUCGAGUACGCUAUUAGCACAUACGACAGAGGACUUGUUUUCAAGUCUGGGCUGUUGGACUGGAAGACACCAGGUGCUCUUUUGAGUCUGGUGAUCACGGACGCUUCUCACGCGAAUGAGUCCGAAGAGAUGAUCAUAAAUGAGAUGACAUCUGUGGAAGGACACCGGAGCCAAGGUGCAAGGAUGGUGUUUCUUACAGACGGCGCCCUGUGGAAAGGGAACAAAGGUAGCAUUCAUCCCAUCUUGUGGGCGAGCAACCUCGUUCGGAGGGUAUGUCGCUCCACCAUACAGGCAGAGGCCUACACACUUCAGGCAGGUGUGGAGGACGGUGACGUGCUGAGGGCAGCUGUCACUGACAUCUUCGGAUGCCUCGAUAUGAAAAGGUGGGAGGCUACGUCGGCCAAGUUUGUGAAACAGAUCUGGAUGACAGACUGCAAGAGUCUGGAGCUGACGCUUUCGAAUCCGAAAUGCAAUAAGCAUUCGGACAAGAGAUUGAGCAUCGAGAUCGCGUCUCUCAGACAGGAGCUAUGGCGCAAAGCUGGCGAGAAAGCAGGAGAUCCGUUUUACGACGACUACAAGCCAGUAGAUGAUCAGUUAACUGACAUCGUCAGAUGGAUAGACACUGACGUGAUGAUCGCUGAUCCGUUGACGAAGGUCAUGGAGCCGGUCAAGUUGGUUGAAGCUCUGAAAACCAACACACUCGACGUAGAGCAGCCGCUCGAGAGUGUCGUGAAGAAGCGCGCCAAGCAGCUUCAGAGGAGGUCGACGAAGAAAGAACAGGACAACGAGCAAGACCGUUGCACCGGCUUGGUCGGAGAUGCCUUGGGCGACGCCUACGAGGCCGCCGAGGACCAGGUUUCUUUCGUGGCCAAUACCGUCAUCGAUACCGUUGAGAUGGCAGUGGACAUCCUCAUCCGCGGCUUUACCGAUUGGAACGCCGGCUGCGACGAGAACAGGUGGCCCUCGAUGUCGGUGGGCUCCCAGGGCAUUGACGUUGACUGGGGUCGGCAGAAGUGCUGGGUGAGGCUGAUGGGCCAGACCUGCACUCUCUUCGACUUCAACUUCGGCACGACGGACCUCGAUUGGCCGGAGCCAUUGAAAACGGUGGUUGGCUUCGGCCUCCAACCCGUGAAGGCGAUGAUCAACAUGGGCAAAGAGAUGCUGUCCUGCAACAACUUCGAUGAUCCGCAAGAGCUGAUCAAGUGUUUCGGCUUCAAGCUCAUCGAGAUUGUCCCUCCAUUGAGCACGCUGAAUCGCCUGAGCGACAUGCUCACCCAGUUUAUUGAGGUCUUCGCCCAGAUUGCCGCAACAGUCGUCAAGCAGGUCCUGGACGAUAGCCAGUCCUUAAUACAAAAGGCCUCGCAGUCCAAGUUUCCCGCCGCUGGGGAUGCGCCGGUGAUCCACCACUCGGGCAGAAACCUCGUGAUCAAGACCCACUCGCAGCAUCCGAAGAAGCGGACCCGAUCCAAGCUGCCUCGCCAUGAGAUGUCUACAGUGCAGGUGCAGGCGAAGGGUGAUGACGAAGAGGGUGGCGGUGUGACGGGCGUUAUCAAUUUCGCGGUGCACGACCAGGAGGGUAACUAUGCGACGAAGCUGAUCACACAGUUCAAUGGCAAGGAGACGGACACCAGCUCGUGCCUGGCUUUCGCUCCGAAGAGCAAACACGGAAGAAGGAACCAGGCAACGAAGGCGGAUUGGCAGGUCAACAACGAGGGCGAUUUCAUCCAGCUGGAGCCGUGGGCCGUACCCUGUGACAACUCGUGGAUGAAGGACCACUGGAACAAAUGGCAGGGCUACUCCUUCUACACCUGGGAGAUGUCCAUUGAGAAGUGCGUGACAGUGAGCUUCUCGCUGUCCAUGCAACCGGUGCUCUCUUUCGUCGGAGGCUUAGAGUUCGAUCUGAUGCCAGCGCCUUUGGCCGCCCUGGACACCACGGUUUGCUGGCCCGACAAGCAGCCAGGGGGAGUGGACUUGAGCGUGCUGCGUACGGAGAUUCGCUCCGGGGGCAUUCUCCUCUUCAGCAGGACCCUGCGCUUGACCAAGCGGUUCGGCGGAAGCACGGACUUCACGAACUCGAACACGUUCGGUGCGCACGAGACCUGGCGCAACCCCAUCGGCAUCGCGGUGGGCCAGCAUGCGGUUGAGGACGAUCGGACCCUGGAGCCGAUGGACAGGACCUCCAGCUUCUUGCAGUCCAACCACACUGAGAAGGCUAAUGCCUCCGAGGCAAGCCAGAGCUCGUUGGUUUGGGAAACGGACAUGGAGGAUUUCCACCUGGCGUCCGUUGACUACGGCCAGGACCUGGGUGUCAAGAAGACUUCAGAGCGGCGGGGACGGGAAGCCUUCAGCACUUUGCAGCAGAAGGCUUCCUCAUCGGACUACUUCCAGCUUUUCAGCUUCAAGAAUCCCGGAACGGUGAACUUUGAAAUUCAGGGCCUUCUGGAGGACAACAAACUGGAGCUUGGAAUGAAGGUGAAUAUGGGCCCCUUCUCGUCGCCAGAAAGAAGAAUCCGCCUACUGGACAUCGUGGACCAGUUUUCCCUCGUACUGACGGCCAUGCCUUUCGUGUCCGCAGAAACCAAGGCGAAGGCCAUCCUCGCUCUUCAAGGCUUCACUGGUGACGAUGUGGGGCAGGUGGCGGUGGCAGUUCCACCUCCGGCACUCCGCCCCGGUAGCACCAUCGCCUUGUACAAUGCCAGGUGGCGGCGAUAUCUCCGGAUGAACGAUGAGGCCGAUAUGGAUGGCAGCAGCAACAAGGACUUCGAGGACGCGUUCCCUUCGGACUGGAACUGGGAGCGCUUCACGGUGGUGGAUGCUGGAAAUGGGAAGAUAGCCCUGCACAGCAGCAAGCACAAUCGCUUUGUAAAGAUGGCUGGAAAUCGCGAUAUGAUGGCCAGCCCGGUCAAGGCCGCCAACAAGCUGCCAAGCUCAUGGUCGUCCGAGCGCUUCACAGCGGUCUACGUGGGAGAUGGCGAGAUUGGGCUCCACAACUCCGUGCGAAACCGUUACAUCCGACUGGGCAGCAACCGCAAAUGCGACGCCAGCACUGAACAGAGUGCCGCUGGCAUUCGUGACGGAUGGACCUGGGAGCGGUUUAGGGUGAAGGAGUUGCAGCCUUUCUUGAAGCCAGGCACCAUCGUUGCCCUCCACAACGCAAAGUGGAACCGAUUCCUGCGCAUGAACAGUGGCGCCGACAUGGAUCGAAGCGGUGAGAAGGCAGCUAACGACCUUCCUGUCAAGUGGAGUUGGGAACGCUUCCUGGUCGUGGAUGCCAAGAACGGGCAGGUGGCGCUGCACAGUGCAAAGUGGAAUCGCUUCGUAAAGAUGGAUGGCAGUGAGAUGCUGGCCAGCAGUACGAAGAAUGCAGAUGCCCUGCCAAACAGCUGGACCCACGAGAGAUUUGCCGUGGUGUCUGCCGGCAACGGGGAAAUUGCCCUCCACAACACCCAUCACAAUCGCUUUGUUCGCAUGAACUCGGAUGACGUCGACGCCAGCAGCAGCAAGCAGCCGCAGGAUCUGCCUAGCAGCUGGACGCACGAACGGUUUCGGGUGGUAGUGACCUACGACCCCGAUACGUCCUCCGAUAGUUCUGGAGAUCCCAGCUGGUCCUUCCAAGCACGAUAG